AUGAAUACGUAAAAACUUCCUUAUUUGCAAUCUCCAAAGAGACCUGAGACGAAAGGGAAAUAAAAAUCACUUACCUUGAAUUUAAAUAUCAAGGAUUCUCCACAAGACAUAUCAACAUUUCGAACAACAACUCAAAGGAAAUCACACUUGCAAUUGCCACAAUCAGAUAGAGUUAAAACCUAUUCUGAUGUUUCGUAUCUCAAUUUCAGAAAUAUUCCCUCGCACAAACAUUCUUCCUCGACAACAACAGUACCCUUAAGCAAUAUUGCAAGGGAUCCGUAAUUAUACGAAUUUGUAAAAUUAUCGGUUUUAUUGUAGCAUAACUAAGCUAGCAAAACCAACAUAUAUGCAUCAAUUAUUAAAGAAAAUGUAAAAGGGACCUUUAUAGAGAAUCCUACAGAAUUAAAAAUGAAUGAUAAAACAAUUGAUUUUUCUCCUUUACUCCAAAACAUCAAGAUACAUUAAUUUAAAUACUAUCUAUAGUCAAUUUUACAAUAAGAAUGCAAAACUAUCUUUGAUUCUAAAUGCCCUCCGAAUCGAUAGCAAGCUAUUGAUCUAUUGAUGUGGUUUGAUAAAAUGAUUUAAACUUUGAACACUGAAAAUUUAUUAUUAAUAACAGACUUAACAAAUUAAUUAUAAUUAGUCUACUAAACUUGCAUACAUGAAUUAGCCAGACAAGUAUCAUUUGAGUGCAAAGAAAGAGGAACUUUAUUAUUAAUCAUCUGGAAUUCAUUUGUAUCUUUUAUUGAAAUGCUAAUAAAUAAUGUAGCUGUGAAUUUUGAAGAAAUGGAAACAUCAUAAAUAAACACUGUCUAAAGAAUCUAGAGGACCCAUUAAACUUUAGUAUAACAAUUGCAAUAAGAAAUUAAUCAAUUAAAAUAAUAAAUAGAAUAAUUAGAGGUUGAAAAGUCAGAUUUGAGCAAUAAAAAUAUAUAUCUAGCAAAAAAGAACUUAUAAUUGACAAAUGAAAUCAAAAUUUUGAGCACUGAAUUGGAUGAAAUGACUUAUGUUCAUAACAAGGUUUCCAAUGAGUUACUUCAAACUAAAUUACAAAUAGAAACUAACUCCUCCCUCUAAACUUAAGCCACCACAAAAAUUAAAAUUGGAAUUCAAGAAGGCUAAUCAGUCGUAGCACAUCUGUUAUCAAUGAAAAACACAAUGUAUUCUAAAUUACAAAAGAAAACCUCUAUUCAAUUUGAGAAAGUUGAAUAACUAAGAGAGGAUGAAGAAUAUUUUAAGUCAGGACUAUCCAAAACAGAUAUCGAUUAAUUGAAUUCUACAUUUUAAUACUAAAACAUGUUGAAAUAACAAUCAAAGGCGAUAAUCCCUAUUAUUACAGAAGAUAAGGAUGUUUAAACUGAUUAAUCAUUUUCGUUCUUAAAAGAUCAGAUUGAAGAUUUAUUUAAUCAAACAUAGACUGAUAAUUAAUCAGAUAAUCAGAAUUCCAAAAAUUAGAUAAUGUAGAAUUAUAAAGAAAAGUUAAUCCAAAGGGAACAAGAAGUAGAAUUAAAAAACAAAUUUAUUGAAUAAAUGUUAGAAUUGCAAGAACAUAAGGUCAAUGCUAAGUAUUAUGAACAAACUUUGUAAGAAGCAACUCAAGAAUUCAUAGAACUACUUAAAAAAAAAAAAUAGAAAAUAAAGAAACUCAAGAAAAGCUAAACUUAACUGUAAAAUCGUUUAAAUUCAAGUAAAAUUAAAUAGUAUUUUUUUCAAGUGCAAAGUGAAAGUGGUUCUCCUAAAUAAGAUAUGCCAUAAACACUUAUCACUUAAUCUGAAAUGAAGGCUCCUUCAUUUAGAAACUCUAUAAUCAUAAAUUAAUAAGCUGCUUUAUAGGAGGAUAUUAUUGAAAGUGAUGAAUAAAAUGAAGAAGAUUCAAUUAUUCAUAAUUAAUAAUAAUAAGAAAAUUAUAAAGAAUCAAACUUUGAUUAAGAUCAAUUUAAUAAUUAAUAAUAAAAUGCAAUUAAAGAGGAACUUAGCCUUAUUAAGAAUAAUAUAUAAGAGGAAGAUUAUCCAUCUAAUCCAGACAUAUAGGACAAUUAAAUUUAAGAAUCUGGUAAUUUGAAGGAUUAGGUGGAUAAUAAUGAAAUCAAUCAACUGUAAGAACCAAAUACUUAGCAUUCUUAAAAUAAGAAAAAUAUAAACAGUAGCAUUAGGAGAAAAUUUAGUAAAAGAAGUUAAAGUAAAUAAAACAUUGAAGAGGUAGAAUCUUAGAAUUAGGUAUAGAAAACUAUAUCUCCUAUAAAAAAUUCUCAAAAUAAAAAAUCCAUAUAAAUAAGGAGCUUAUCAGUUAUUAAAGAUUUAGAUGAUGAACCUAAAUAGUAAUAUUUGAAAAGAAAGCAUUCUAAAGUUAUAAAAUAAUCACAAUAACAAUCUAAUAGCACUUUAAAUGCUCUUGAUUAAUCAAGCGAUGUUAAUGAUAGUGAAAAUCUAUCAUUAAUUUCUAGUGAUGACUUAUCAGAAAAAACAAAGGAUGAUGAGAUUAAGAAAAUAAGAAGCCUAGUAUCAUAGUAUGGAGGAGUCAACAUUUAGAAAAGAAGGUUCACAAAACCAAUGGCAUUUAAAUUAUCUUUAUUAUCUGAUUAAAAAAAGGAGAGAAGAGUCAAAAGGGUUUAUAGUCAAAAUACAGAUGCUGCAAAUUAAUUAUUACAUGAAGUUAUGAAUGUUAAACUCAAAAAACAUAAGGAUUCAAUAAUACCAAUUUCCUCGAUUAUCAAAAUAUUUAACACCAUCAUCUCUGAUACUGCCAAAAAUUAAGAAGGAUACAAAAUUCCAUUACAUGUCAGCAUUUAUGAUUUCUUCCUCAAAAAGUAUGGGUUUAAAAAUGUUGCUGAAAAAAAAAUCAAAUAAUUACUACAAUUUAUCUUUCACAAGAAAAGCUAAUAUCCAAAAUUAUGCUUGAUCUCUCGAUUAUGUUACAUGGAUGAUGAAAUGGAUGAGGCUGUUUAUAAAUUAAUUGUUGAAUCAAUCAAGUAUUUCCAUACUAAAGAAAUACAAUUGAAUAAACCUGAGAUAAAUUUAACACACGAAUAACUCAUUGAAUAUUGCAAUGAGUUUCUGCAAUAGCUACUAGGUUCACAAUACAUUACUUAACUGUUACAACAACUUAAGUAAAAUACUAAUAAGUAUAUCAUAUUUGAAAAUAUAAUGAUUUAAGUGAUGAACCUGUAUUUUUAAAAAAAAAGACAGUGCCAAGACAUUUUGAAAUUAAUUUUUCAGGCAGCAGAUUUAGAUGGUAAUAACUUGAUUGAAUUCUCAGAAUUCAAAAACUUAUACAAAGCAAUACAUCCUAAUAUAUAUGAUAAAAAUGUGGCUUUGGAGUAAUUCAUAAGUUAUGCUGACUAUAUAGAGGAGCUGUCCAAAAAUAAAAUGAUCACGCUUCCAAGAUUUGCUGAAAUGGCCAUUGAAUUAAAUUUGUUUUCUAAGGAAUAAAUAAAUUAAUACAGCAAAGGAUUCGAAUCGUUAUUAUAAGAAUGGGAGGAUCAAAAAAACUGCAUUAAGUUUAGAUAUUUGAAGGCUGAAAAGUUUCCGAAAGUUAAAUUCACUUUUAAUUUGUUAACCGACUAAAUCAACCUAUUAAAAAAUAAGAAAUAAACGACGCAUGAUCCUUAAACACUAUGGGUGAGUUACAAAUUAUUGUAAGAGAAAUCUCAAAGGGUAGUUUUAAACCAUGAAAUCAGGGAAUGCUUCUUUGAUUUAGUGCCUCAUGAGUUAUGGAUAAUAUAAUAAGGAUACAGAGCAAUAGAAGAAUUAUGCAUAUGA